GGAACCUCGUAUACUUUCCAUUCAAAGUCUCUGAACCGUAGAACAUGUCAGUGAUUCGGAAUAUAUUAUCUGUUAGAUUUCCAAAAAGUGUAAAGUCGUUAAGUGUUUUAAAUGUGGCUAGAAGACUAUCAAGCUCAAACAUCGUCGAUUCGGGUUUCCCCGAUGUUUCCAUCCCCAAUGUUUCAAUCCCCGAGUUCAUUUUUUCAAAAUGCGAAAAAUACGAAAAUUUAACUGCAUCAGAAUGUGGGAUCACAGGGCGCAAAUACACUUAUAGGGACAUUUUGAAAAAAUCGAAAAAUUUGGCUAAAGCAUUAAGAAAGAAACUGAACUUGAACGAGGGAGAUGUUGUAGCUCUGCUUCUCCCGAAUGUCCCUGAAUUCCCAAUUGCGGCUUUGGGGGUUUUACACGCAGGGUUGGUUGUUACAACCCUCAAUCCUGUCUACACCAGUGAGGAGAUAGCGCGCCAACUUACGGACUCAUCAGCGAAAGCUGUAAUAACUCUCAUUGAUUUACACGAAGUUGCUUCCAAUUCGUGCAAAUUGCUCAACAAAACAUUGCCAAUCUUGUCAAUAAAAUCAUCGCAAACUCAAACUUUUCCUCGUGGAGCAAUCGAUUUUCGGGAAUUCACCGACAAUGCGGUUGAUUAUCCAGAAAUUCAACCGCGAAAACCCGAAGAUUUGGCCUUUUUGCCGUACUCUAGCGGCACCACAGGGUUACCAAAAGGGGUCCAAUUGUCCAAUUAUAACAUCGUGGCUAACAUUAGCCAAAACUCAUCACCCCAUCUCCCAGUAAUUGAAGAAACCACAAAUACCCAUCAGGAUGUUAUCCCAGUUGUGUUACCAAUGUUCCACAUUUACGGCUUUUCGGUUAACACGUUAUUUGCUCUUUCGAAAGGAACAAAAAUCGUGACUUUGGCCAGAUUUACGCCAGAUGAUUAUGUCUCAGUGUUGAGGAACCACAAACCACAUAUUCUAUUCAUAGUUCCUCCAAUAGUACUGUUUUUAAGUGCGCAUCCAAUGGUUAAACCCGAAGAUUUGCAUUCCGUAAGAGUUGUUUUUUCGGGAGCUGCCCCUCUUGGUGCUUUAGACGAGCAAAGAUUUGUUGAAAAAUCGGGCAAAAGUGUUAGUGUGUUGCAAGGUUACGGAUUGACCGAAACUUCACCUACUGUUACCGCAAUUUCGGCGCAACUCAAGUCGGAGAAAAACGUCUAUGGAUCAAUAGGACGUCCGAUUCCUAACACUCUAGUAAAAAUUAUCAACGUUGAUGAUCCCACAGGAGCUCCCCUUGGGCCCAACGCAACCGGCGAGUUACUAGUUAAGGGCCCCCAAGUAAUGAAGGGUUACCUCAACCGCCCCGAAGAGACGGAAAAUGCGUUUCUCGAUGGGUGGUUUAGGACCGGCGACAUGGCCUAUUAUAACGAAGACCAUGUUUUUUUUAUCACUGAUCGUUUGAAGGAGUUGAUCAAAGUUAAGGGUUUUCAAGUGGCACCGGCUGAAUUGGAGGAAAUCAUUCGCGAUUUUCCGAAUGUUGACGAUGCAGCUGUGAUUGGAGUCCCCCAUCCGACGCAAGGCGAAGCCCCAAGGGCUUACAUCGUCCCGAAGAAAAAUACCAAGGUGAACACCAAAGACUUGGAGGAGUAUUUCAAAGGCAAAGUCGCGCAUUACAAGCAGUUGAAAGGUGGGAUCGCGAUCGUUGACUCGAUCCCCAAAAACGCGUCUGGGAAAAUCAUGCGGAGGCAACUCAAACUGGAGUUUGAAGCAGCAAACAAGUGAUAAUUGUACAAUCUUAUCUUUGUAAAUAAAACUUAUGAAAUAA